AUGGCGAACCAAGACGGUGAUGAUAAGCCCGACGACAACAAGCUCCCAACGGCGAAAUGGGGUGCGGCCUGCUCGGCGUGCGCAACGGCCAAAGCAAAAUGCAUCAGAUCAAACAACGAUCCUAGCGCAAAGUGUGACCGUUCAUCGGCCACGCAAGAAGCGUCAAGCAAAGCCGUCGUGAGUAAUUUGUUAUCCCCGUUUUCCGGUUCGGUUCUCAUUGACCGCCGCACGCCGAAUUUCCCUGGCCAUGGGAGACCCGGCGUUCGAACCGCCCAGAUUGAAGAGAGACUCAAUGGUCUGGUCAAUCUCCUACAGGCUUCAGGUGAAUUGAACAGUAAUCAGUCGUCAUUGGGUGCUCUCAGCGAUGCUGCUGCCAGAGAGCACUCCGCCAGAACGCAUGGCACGCCGUCGGCCAAUUCUUCAACAUCCUUUGCGUCUCAUUCCAAUUUCUGGAGGAUUCCUGAGACAUACAAUUGUUUUUCAAUUCCAGCAUGUGUUUGCCGCCCUGAACCUGGUGAUGCAUCUCGUGAUGCGCCUCCUCCGCCAGACUCUGACGACGUGCUGUUGGAGAUCUACCGAACUCAGAUGCAGCCUGUGUUCCCGUUCGUCAUCAUUCCACCGUCGGUCUCCGCCUCUGAUCUACGGUCUAGCCGACCCUUCUUGAUGUCUGCAGUCAGGAUGGUCACAUCAUUUCGUAGUCUGAGGUCAAUGCGAGCCCAGAUGUGCCGUCUUAUGAGUCACAUUGCUGAUUAUGUUCUCAUCCGCUCAGCUAGGACAUUGGAAUUGUUGCAGGGCGUGAUGAUCAUGAUAGCUUGGCACCAAUAUCACUGUUUGGUCCACGGGCAGAUGAACAAUCUCAUCGCGUUGGCGAUGAGCCUUGUUGCUGAUCUAGGUCUGAACUGCGCGCCUGGUUUGCGAGAGCAGACAAGACUGAUGGUAGCAAGACCCGACGAGCCUGCUAGGCGAACAAACGAAGAGAGAAGAGCUCUCCUUGGCGUAUGGUUUUUGACUUGCAAUAUCUCGGUCAGUUUCAACAGGGUCGAGUCUCUGAGAUAUACGGCGUACAUUCAAGAUUGUAUGAGGGUGCUUGAAAAUUCUGGAGAAUACGAGUCCGACAUUACCCUUCUUUACCUAGUCCGGGUGCAGCGAUUGACAGAACGAAUUUUUGAACUUAACUCCAGGGACAAGGCUGUCGAGGACAUUCCAGGACUUCUGUCCGCGCCUAUGUCGGCUUACAUUGCUGCAUUUCAAAAUGAAAUUGAGACACUGCGCAGUAGCCUGCCCCCAAAGCUGCAACAUGAUGACCUCUUCUUGUCAUACCUCAACACGGCAAUGCUCAGACUCUAUGAGCCUCCUGCAGUCGACUUAGCAUUCGUCAACUCGCUCUCGGAGUCUCUCACAACCGGACCGCUUGGUCGAGGCACUUCGCUGGAUAAGCUAUAUCAAUCAAGUGCGGCGCUCCGAAACUGGUUCGAUAGCUGGCUUUCGGUGCCUGCUUCUUCUUACUUCAAACACCCUACCACUCUCACCUCGCAAACGAUAUAUGCCAUCACGAUGCUGGGACGGUGGGCACAGAUGGCGACACCCAGGACAGUAUACGAAGGAGGAACACCAAUGCCCCUUGGGGAGGGUGGCUCAGCGUACAAUGCAGAUUCACAAAGGGCUGCCAAUGAGUUAUCUGAAUCCAAGUCGUCCCAGGGAUGUACUCAGGCCGACCAGAGAACAAGGUGUACUGAGUCCGUGGAUCAAGGCCUCAUCGCGGCUCUUGCCGGCUUGCAAUUGCAACUCCAGUCCCAACCAGGGUUGACAGUAAACAUUCCAGAAAUACUGUCCACAUUGUGCGCCAGAUGCGAGCAAAUCAGCAAUAUUUUCCAGCAAACAGCCCCAGACGAGGAGAAGAUGGACAACAACUUGUGGACCUUUAGCGCACUCAAAGUACGCGUCACGCGCGUCAAGCUAGAACGGUGGGCAGAGCUCGUAGCCGCUGCAGCUGAGGGUCAUGAGCGGUUAGACAAGGCUGGACAUUCUCAGGGCUGGCGAGGUUCAUAUCCGCAAACGCAAUCCGGGAACAUGGGACCACCGCCAAACAGUAUGGCCAAUAACGGCAUUGCACAAGAUCAAACUCGGAUUCAAAAUUUCCUGGACAGCACUCCUUGGACCUCGGAUCUUUUGGAUGGAGUCGAUCCUACCGUUUGGUUUGACGGAUAUCUGGACUGGGGAACUCUGCUUGUAAAUUCUAUGGGACAAGGACCGGUAGGGCAACAGCAGCCAUGA